AUGGGGGAGAAGGACAAGCCUCCAGAUAUUCUACAAGCUGACGGUACUCUGUCAGAGAAGAAUGCAGGUUCUGAAAACGUGGUGGGGGGGUCCAGCGGGGGGUCCAGCCCACGUGAAGCUAUUUUGGAGAAUGGAAAAGAAAAUAGAAAGUGGUCAACCCUCUUUGGAAUCAGACCAUUUGGAAAAUCCUCCCUACCUCUUGUCAAGAAUAUAUCAGACCUGACUGGUGGUAAUGUUGAAAUUUUGGCUCUUCCCAAAGGCCUUCUCACCUUUGCCUUUUCCUGUGAAGAAGAUAAAAUAAGGAUCCUCUGUGGUAGUCCUUGGUUGGUUGGAAAGACAGCUCUGGUCCUCCAGAAAUGGCAUCCGAUACUAAAUAUGAGUGAUUCUCUUCUUGUGCAAGUCUCGGUUUGGGUUAAGCUACCAGGUCUGCCUCUUGAGUAUUGGGUAGAAAGUAUUUUCUCAAGUAUAGCAAGCUCUUUUGGUGAGCUCCUCUCAAUAGAUCCAGUCACAACUUCAAGAAGGAGGCUCACUCAUGCCAGAUUUUGUGUAGGGAUCACCCACGAUGUAGAUAUGCCUGAGCAGAUAGAUAUAGUAUCAAAGUUGGGAAUGUGGAAACAACAAAUUGAAUACAAAUCCAUCCCCUUUUCUUGCUUCCAUUGCAAAAAAGUAGUUCACUGGGCCAAACAUUGUCCUCUCAAGCCUAAAGGGGAGAAUAAGAAAGACAAAUCUAUAGCAGAAAGUAAAAAGGCUCCGGAGAAAAAGAUAUGGCAAGUCAAAAAUUCAGAAACUGACCUAGUUGAUACCAACUCUUUUGGACCCCUGGGGGAGAAUAAAGACGUGGUCUCCUCAACCUCUAUCUCUAAUCAUCUCCCCCCCACAAAAAAGCUCUGA